UGCCAUUACAGCCUUCAGAGGAAGCUGUUUAUGGGACUGCAGCGCUAAUUAGGCUCAUGAACUAACAAAUCUGCCUGCACGAACCCGGCGAGGAAAACGAUCAUAUCCAUGGAUUAGUCUGGGAGUAGCCGAGCACUUUUUAUUUUGUGGCUUUCUCGACACUGCAAACUUAUUUACUGCGCAGAAAACUUUCCUCCUUCCUUGGGUGUGGAGUAUUUUUUAAAGCGAGAGCGCCUACCACAGCUUCACCUUAAACUGGGGAACCUGGACUAUCAGACAAUGUUUCAGCCUACACCCAAGAGGUGUUUUACGAUAGAGUCUUUAGUGGCGAAGGAUAAUCCUCUACCGCUGUCCCGCACCGAGGAGCCCAUCCGGCCAGCGGCACUCAGCUAUGCAAACUCCGGCCAGAUGAACCCCUUCCUCAACGGCUUCCACUCCGGCGGCAGGGGCGUCUACUCGAACCCGGACUUGGUGUUUGCGGAGGCGGUCUCUCAUCAGCAGAACUCUGCCCCGAUGCAUUCGGUGGCCCCGCCGCACGCUAUGUCCGCUCACCCGCUUUCCUCCGCACACAGUCCGCACCCUCUUUUUGCCAGCCAGCAAAGGGACCCCUCAACUUUCUACCCCUGGUUAUUACACAGAUAUAGAUACUUGGGUCACAGAUUUCAAGGUAAUGAAACGAGUCCAGAGAGCUUCCUUUUGCACAACGCGCUGGCAAGAAAGCCCAAAAGAAUCCGGACAGCUUUUUCACCCUCGCAACUCCUGCGGCUCGAACACGCGUUUGAGAAAAACCAUUACGUGGUGGGAGCAGAAAGAAAACAGCUCGCCCACACCCUUAGCCUCACAGAAACUCAGGUAAAAGUGUGGUUUCAGAACCGGAGGACGAAGUUUAAGCGACAGAAGUUGGAGGAGGAGGGCUCGGAGUCUCAGCAGAAGAAGAAAGGAUCGCAUCACAUAAACCGGUGGAGAAUGGCGACUAAACAGGGGAGCAGCCCAGAGGAAAUUGAUGUCACUUCGGACGAUUAAAAAAAAAAGAAGACUUUAUUAGCUUCUGAGUGAUGGAGGACAUGGAUAAAGGAUGCCGUGUAGAGACAGUGAGGGGGUACACAGCCAAUGUCACAUUUCAGAUCUCCGGAUCGGCAGCUGAGGGUGAGAGAAACCCGACAUGUGGCACUGUGUCACCGCGUGGGUCUGUCAAUCCAAGUGACCUAGGAAAUGUGGCUGACAGUGUCUCAGUCCCCCCACCUGAACCCUUCCACGCACCGACCCCCACCACUACAAUCUCCCAUCUACCGCCACCUCAUUUUUUCUCCAAUUCAUAUUGGACGUUUGCACUUCAGAAGGUUUUUUUUUGUGAAAAAACAAAAAAACAUUUCCACUCCAAGAUACCAAAACACCAAACAGCUUUUGUAAAACUUGAAUUGCAUGGUAUAGUUUUUUUUUCUCCUGGUAGUUGUUUUUUUAAUUUGACACGUUUUUUCUCAAACCAAGAAAAAAAAAAUCAAUAUUGUUUUUAACUCUAUUUUCAAACAGAGAUGUCGUGCUUCUUCCUUUUUACAAAGUGUGCAGUCUUUAAUUAAUGAUUCUCGUGUAAAAGUGAUUGUGAAAACAUAUGAAGUAGCGGUGCUGCGUUAUAGUGUUUUUUUGAAAAAAGAAAAUAGAACAAAACAUUUGAAUUUCGAUUUAAAACAAAAAAUACUUUUAAUAGAGUGAAUCAGACUACAGAUAAAGUACUUAAAUGGAAGGUGUCAGGGCUUUCCUUUAACCUAAAGCUUUACCAAUGUGUCGCUGUGGCCCCACGCAGCCUUCUGUCAGGACGUCCCUCCAGUGAAAAGUUGCCACGAAGGACUAAAUGCAAGAAUUGAGAGUUAAAAAAAACAAGCACUGACCGUAUUCCAUGUACAGAAAUGCUAAAAGUUAAUGUUUCUGUUAAACCCUCUUUUACAGAAUGUAAAUAAUGUUUGUGUUUGUGUUAAGUUUGCUACAAUUUUAACACAAAGUAUACUUCCAAGAAGUAUGUAAUUGUCAAUAUUUUGUCAAUAAAGUUUUA